AGCCGGGCUGAGCGGUGUUGUCGGGGCGAGCGGAGGGCCCGGUGGCGCCGCUGCUGCGUGGUGGCAGCCUCUGUCCCCGGGGCUGAAGAAAGCCCCACCCCCCUCGGGCUGGAGCCCGCUCCCAGAGGCCCAGAAACGCGUCCAAGCCCGUCCCUCUUCCCUCCACUUAAAGAUAAGGCUGGUGUUUCUGAUGUGCGAAACUGGGACUCGGAAACCCCCCGCGAAGGACCCAGCAGCCUCCCCUGGGCCCCCCACCAGCAGGAGUUCAGGGUGUGCCCUCACUUCCCAGUUGACCUUGGAAAAGUCCUGCUUUGGCAGGGGAGACCCAAGCUGCCUUGAGUGCCAGCCGUGGGGAAGCGUCACCUCUGCUUUGGGCCGGCUCCCGGGUCUCAGGGUCAAGUACGUCUUUCUGGUCUGGCUGGGCGUCUUUGCGGGCAGCUGGCUGGCAUACGUGCACUACUCGUCCUACGCAGAGCUCUGCCGUGGGCACGUCUGCCAGGUGGUCAUCUGUGACCAGUACCGCAAGGGCAUCAUCUCGGGCUCCAUGUGCCAGGACCUGUGCAGCCUGCACAAGAUUGAGUGGAGGACCUGCCUCUCCUCCGCCCCCGGCCAGCAGGUGUACAGCGGGCUCUGGCAGGGCAAAGAGGUGACCAUCAAGUGUGGCAUCAAGGAUAGCCCGCACUCCGAGGCCGGGCUGGACGCGGGCCCCCGGCGGGAGCUGGCGCUGUUUGACAAGCCCACACGGGGCACCUCAAUUAAGGAGUUCCGGGAGAUGACCCUCGGCUUUCUCAAGGCAAACCUGGGUGACCUGCCCUCGCUGCCCGCGCUGGCCGGACAGGUGCUGCUCAUGGCCGACUUCAACGGGGACAGCAGGGUGUCGCUGGCCGAGGCCCGGUCGGUGUGGGCCCUGCUGCAGCAGCACGAGUUCCUCCUGCUGCUGUCCCUGCAGAAGGACCACGCCUCCCGGCUGCUGGGCUACUGCGGGGACCUGUACGUCACCGAGGGCGCGCCCCACCACCCCUGCCCACUGCUGUCCAGGCCACGCGGCAGCAGGCAGGGCGUGCAGUGGGUGGGGGCUGCCCUCGCCUUCAGCACCGGAGAGGCAGCGUGCCGUUCUCAGGGUCGCCUGCUGCAGAAGGCCUCGGCGGGUGGUCCCUGA